GAGAUUGCAUUGCUUCUACAAAUUACAUUAUUUCACCUCUUUACAAAAAAAUACAUAGGUUAACCUAAUGGUCACAGAUCGCAGUUCCAAAUUGUUUACGAGCAAAUAUAGCUUUGACAGAAAAAAUCGAAUUGUUUAUAUAAAUUGUAAAAAUGGGCCGCCGAUCUAUAAAUACAACAAAAAGUGGAAAAUAUAUGAAUCCUACUGAUCAAGCUCGUAAAGAAGCACGAAAAAAAGAGUUGAAGAAGAAUAAAAAACAAAGACAGUUGGUCAGAGCUGCUGUGUUAAAAGGAAAAGAUCCGAUACAAAUUAUUGAUGAAAUGGAAAAAAUAGACCAAAUGGAAUACAACGUUCUGCAGCCACCUCCGUUAAAUGAGAAAGUUUUAAAAGAUAAACGUAAAAAAUUGAAAGAAACUUUAGAUCGCGUACUUAAAAUGUAUGCUAAAGAUGACCAAGAAAAGUGGAUAGAACUAAAAGAACAAUUAAUUCAAUAUGAAAGGCGUCGUGUAGAUUUAGUUACUUAUUUUGAAGCUGUAAGACAUGCACAGCAAGUACAAAUUGAUGAAAUUCCGCUGCCUUCAACAAACAGCGACAUUCCUCGAAAUUUUCCAGGAUCAUUGACCUCGCAAAUUCCAUUGCCAGAAAUGCCUCAACCUCCUACUCACAUUUAUUCUUUGCAUCCUCAUUAUUUGCCUCAACCUCAUCCGUUGGUUAACAUACCAAUACCUCCAAGUAUUCUGAAGAAAAGCAGCAUUUAUUCGAAUAUUUCAAAUGUUCCAUCACUAAUUGCUAACAAAGAUCCACCAGGGGUUCCGCCUUUUCCAUCACCAGAUCUUUCCAUUGAAGAUGAAGAUUUGAGUGACAAGUCCAAAGAUAGUGGACAAAAAUCCCGCACAAUACGAUUUGCAGAUGAUAAGGAGAUUGAUAAACAGGAAAAAGAUUAUAAGGAUAAAAAUCAUGAUAAAGAAAAAUAUAAAGAAAUCCAAAAAGUAAAACCUACGAGUCUUCAACAGAAAAUGUUAGCUAUCGCAGGGCAAGAUAUCGAUCAGUUUAUGCGGGAAAUGGAGGUCGUACAUAAAAAAAGAGAAACAGAACGAGCACAAGAUUUGAACACCAGAUUAAGUUUACUUGAAUCACAAUCUGAUGUUCAGUUGAAUAAUAAAAUCAUGCAGUCUGAUGCUAAAAAUGUUGAAUUUUCCGAACCUAUGGAUAUGCCAACUACUGCGAAUCAACAACAUCCUCCCGUUCAUUUACAACAACAGCACAGUAUACCAUCGAUGGGAAUACCACCUCCACCUCUUCUCUACAGACCACCGCCUCCGCCAAUGCAUCUCCGAAUGCCACCACCUCCUCCACCUCGAAUUGGUCUCAGAUUACCUCCAGGGCCACCUCCGGGCAUGCCGCGAAUGUUAAGGUCUGGACUACAAAACUUACCGCGUAUGCCACCUCCACCACAAAUGCAGCUAUCAAAUUUAUCAUGUUUACCGAACUCAUCUAAUUCUCAAAUACAAGGAUCUCAUAACAUUAAUGUACCACAAAAAACACCAAAUGUUUUAUCAGCAGCACCACAAUUAAUUAAUCGUCAAGAUAAAGAUGGCAAAAAUACAACGACCAUUGAAGCAAAACCACAAAUAAGAAAUUUGGCAGCAGACGUGACAAGAUUUCUUCCUACAUCAUUACGAGUUAAACGCGAUGAUCGAAGAAAACCAAAUAGCAUUAUAAGAUUACCAGAAAAGAACUUCGAAACUCAGUACAUUAAACCACCUCAACCCAAAACGAAAGAUGAUGCAUAUAUGCAAUUUAUGCAAGAAAUGGAAGACUUAUUAUAAGCUAAUAACAAAUAAUUUUUAUAAAUGAAAGAAAAAAAUUGUAUUUUAAAAGACCUUGUCUCGUUGCAUAUUAUUAUAAUAAUAUAUUGCUGAUGAUUUA